AUGGUGACCCUCAUUGUACAUACACUGAUUAAGUCGAUUUCUGAAGUUCGUCUCCACUCUUCGCAGCAUAUCAAUCGAGCAGAACUAGCAUCAAAUCAACCAAAGAAACCUAGACCAAGACACGACUUAUUUAACACAAAGCUCGGAAAACAUCAGUUGGAACAAAUAACAAUCGCUCUAAUAGACAAAUUUACAGACUAUGAAUCUAACACAAAAGAAUUUGGAACACUAGGAAGAUACAACUGGAUAGAAAAUACCAUAAAAACCCAAAUACAACUAAUUACAAAUACCAAAGCUGAACCGAAAAAAUGGCUAACAACAAAUACCAAAAAGCUACUAGAAGCGAGAAACCAUUUAAUUAGCACUAAAGAUACACAUGAUAGAAGAAAAAAAUUAACGGAAAUUAGUAAACAAAUUAAAGAUAGCAUAAGGAAGGACAGAAAACUAAACAGAAUGGAAACUAUAAAAACAUUUAUAAGUAAAACGGGUGGAAUCAAAAAAGCAUACAGAGAGUUGAGAAAUUCGAAGAAUUGGAUUGUUAAAAUGAAAAAUGACAGUGGAAAAUGGAAUCAUCGUAGAACAGGAAUAUUGGAUAUAGCAACAUCUUAUUACAAGAGACUGUACGAAAGUAACACAACAGAAGACGAAAUUGAUUUAGUGGAUACCUCAAACAUUCCUAACAUUCUUCAAGCUGAAGUCGAGAAAGCCAUAGAUACUCAAAAGAUUCCAAGAUGGCGGCGAGAUUAUGAGGCCGAACCACAAACGACUUUUAGAUGGCCAGUUGGCACAGAUAGUGUAAGGAAUGAGAAUACAUCGGAGUUAUCAUCGCUGCGAUACGAAAUAAUAUCUGAUGUCGGUAAAGCAAACAGUUGA